UUGAGGAAGCGCGGAACAGGAAGCGGCGCGCGGCGCGGGGGAGACGACGCGCGUGGAGCGCUGUGGCCGGACCCCGCCGGACCCCCAAUCCAAGACCCCCGCAACCAAGACUCGCGGACCCCCCAGCCUCCGUACCCCCUUCGGCCGGGCCCCCUCGGCCCCACAACUUCGGUGACAAAAACUUCGCCAAACCCCGAGCGGCGCAGCCCGGCAGCUACAACUCAGCGGACCCCGGAUCGAGGGGACCCCCGACUUCCAAGGGCCCCUGUGGUCAUAGAUCCCCGUCGUACCCCGAGACUGGGACCCCUGCAAAGUCGACUCCCCUCGGACCCGAAUCUCUUGCCCCGGAUCGAGGGGACCCGACUCCUGGACGUCGGAACCCCGAAUCCGGAGCUAACCCCUCGGAGCAGCAGACGCAGUCGGACCCCGGAUCGAGGACCCCGGACCGGACGCAGGACAGGGCGGCAGAAAGGGGCAGCAGUGGGGGGCACCUUGUGGGCACCAUGCCGCGUUUACAAGGGGUCGGGGCCGACUCCUACCAGUUCAGUGUGGUGCCUCACCAGGUGUGCCACAAGCUGGUGGUGAAAGUGCUGAGGGCCGAAAAUGUGACCAAAGGGCGCCUGGGUGACAUGAUGGACACGCCGGACCCGUACGUGGUGCUGGACAUCCGGUUGGCCGCCGACAGCUACAAGCGAACACGUCACCUCGACAAUGACGUCAACCCCACGUGGAACGAGAGCUUCGACUUCCUCAUCGACCUCAACAUGGAAAACAUCCUGGAGGUGACGCUCAUGGACGCCAACUACACGGUGGAUGAGAAGCUCGGCUCGCAGAAGUGUAACCUGCGGGGGUAUCUCCACGAGGGGCAGAGCUACCCGCUCACCCUCACCUUCAACAAGGUCACCAAAGUUUACCUGGAGCUGCACCUGGAAGUGUGCACCUCGUCAGAUCUGCGAUUCAGCAUCCACUUGUGCCAGGAGGAGAGCGAGUUCCGGGCGAGGAGGAAGGAGAAGGUGUUUGAGAGCAUCAAGAAGCUGCUGGGCCCGGAGCGGGCACCCCGGUCCCACCGAGAGGUCCCCACGGUGGCUGUGCUGGGCUCGGGCGGGGGGUUCCGCGCCAUGACAGCCAUGGCCGGGGUCUUCAAGGCGCUGCAGGAGUCGGGGGUCCUCGACUGCACCACCUACGUGGCAGGGCUCUCCGGCUCCUCCUGGUACCUGUCCACGCUGUUCUCGCACCCGGAGUGGCCGCGCAAGCCAGUGUGGGAGGUCAACCAGGAGGUGAAGGUGUCCGCGAGCCACUCGCGCUUCUACCUGCUGCGCCCACAGAGCCUGCGCCGCUACGUGGAGGCGCUCUGGAAGAAGAAGCGCUUGGGCCAGCCCGUCACCUUCACCGACGUGUUCGGCCUGCUCAUCGGGGAGACGCUCAUCCCCAACAGGAUGCAGGGGAAGCUGUCGGACAUGAAGCGCGCGGUGCAGGGGGCGGACACCCCGCUGCCCCUCAUCACCUGCCUGCACGUCAAGCCGGACGUGUCGGAGAUCAUCUACGCCGACUGGGUGGAGUUCAGCCCUUUUGAGAUAGGGAUGGCCAAGUACGGCACGUUCAUGCGCCCCGAGCUCUUCGGCAGCAAAUUCUUCAAGGGCAUUGCGGUGCGCAAGUACGAGGAAUACCCCCUGCACUUCCUCAUGGGAGUGUGGGGCAGCGCCUUCUCCAUCCUCUUCAACCGCGUCUUUCAGCUCGGAGACAAAGGCGAGUGCAAGACCACGAUGGAGGAGGAGAUAGCGAGCCUCACCGUGGAGACCAUCACGAGCAAGCAAAGCGCUUCCGACAGCGACGACGAAGAUUCCACCGACGGGAUGAGUGGCGGCGGCGCCAAUGCCGACGAGGUCUCGGAGCAGGCCAAGGCCGGUGGCACCGCUGCAGCGGCCGCAGGUGGCGGUGGCGGGAGCUGGGUGGAGCGCAUGCUGACCACGCUGGUGGGCGACACGACGCUCUUCACGACGCGCGAGGGGCGCGCCGGCAAAGUUUUCAACUUCAUGCGCGGACUCGACCUCACGAACGUCCCCCGCGCCCCCUUCACCCCCGCCUCUGCCGGGGGCAGCCAGCGCGACUACACCGACAACGACGUCGCCGUGGCCGACCCCGAGGAGUUUGGGAUGAUCUACGAGCCGCUGGACGUGUGCAGCAAGAAGAUCCACGUGGUGGACAGCGGCCUGACCUUUAACCUGCCCUUCCCGCUCGUGCUGCGCCCUCAGCGCGGCAUCGACCUCAUCCUCUCCUUCGACUUCUCGGCGAGGCCCAGCGACUGCAGCCGCCCAUUCAAGGAGCUGCUGCUGGCGGAGAAGUGGGCGAGGAUGCACAAACUGCCGUUCCCGCGCAUCGACGAGAACGUGUUUGACCGCGAGGGCCUCAAGGAGUGCUACAUCUUCAAGCCGCAGGACGCUCGCGAGGAGCGGCGUUGCCCCACCGUCGUGCACUUCGUGCUCGCCAACAUCGACUUCCGCAAGUUCAAGGCACCAGGAGUGCCGCGGACCACCAAGGAGGAGAUGGAUUACGGAGACUUUGACAUCUUCGAUGACCCGUGCUCCCCGUACUCCACAUUCAACUUCCACUACGCGCCCGAGGCCUUCCAGAGGCUACACGACCUCAUGGAGUUCAACACCCUCAACAACAUCCAGGCCAUCAAAGACGCCAUCGAGCUGAGCAUCGACUACCGGCGGCGCAACCCGACGCGCCAGUCGGUGACGCUGGCGGAGCCCGGCCGGGUGCUGCUGCGGCCCAUGGACGGCUCGCGCAAGCGGCCGGCGGCCGAGCCCCUCCACAACCUCCUCACCUGACGGCACCGGCGGGGAAACGGGGUCGCGGCGCCGGCCGCGCGGGAACGAACCGACCGGAGCGGGCGGCCGGACAGGCGUGUGGAUGAAUGGACUACCGGGUAGACGGGGGGGGGAGGGGGGGGUGGAAUGGCGUACCAAGAUGGGCGGGCUGACGCACACACGGACGGACGCACCAUUCUCUGUAUUAUCCGUGGGCACAUUAUCGAAGUUGUGACAAAACUAAACGUCUCGGCGCACGUGCCGGUCCUAUUCUUGAGACGCUCUUCCCUCUCGCAACCGUUACUCAGUGCCCACCGUGACCACAAACAUGUCGGAAGUUCGACCCCCUGACAAGCAAUACAAACGUGACACGUAGCGAGGUUUUUUUCCCGGGAGAGCCCUCCCCUCCGUGAGGAAUGAAGAGUAGCGCGGUGCCUCAGGUGUAGCGCAGGGCUGUGAGGAACGCGGGGCGCUACGCUCCACACGCGGCUUCGGUCGGCCAGCGGGGGAACGCGACGCUGCCUCCCAGUGCGGUCCCAACCGAGGGCUACUUUGACGGUGGUCACACCGCCCGGCACACAAUGGCCAAGUCGGUAAAUGCUCGUGCGCAUUAAAUAUUUUUGGUCGUGUGAGGUGGUGGAGGGUCCUAACGACACAGAUGGUUACAUGGCCCAUCCCAAAAAUACAUCCUGAACCGAAGGACAUUUAAGGGAUGGGUAGGCCGGCGACAAAAGGGAUACGUAGGCAGACGGGGCCCGCGCGAGGGAAAGGUCGUCUUACAGAAUAGACUCGGCGCUGUAAUCAAUUUCUACGCUCAUCGACUGUUGCGCGACUAUGCGCAUAUAUUGUACGCGAUUGGUUAAUGUGAUCCCGGGAUGGAUAAACCUACAGGGCUGCAGAUGACACUGUAUUUACUUGUGACACGACUAUCCUGGAUUCCACCCAAGUAGCCAGCAAAAACAUCCUGGCUGAUAUCACCGCCAUCAUCACAACCCCCCCCCCCCCGUACCUCCAAGCCCUUCCGUAGAAGCAAAGGUCGUGUUUGUUAUUUGGGGAGAUUCCCAACGUCCCCGGCAUACCGCAUCUUGUAUUCCUCCUCUCGCUCUGGCUGUGGCUACCGGACACAUUCCACCGCUUCCAGUGUUACCUGCCCCGCGGAAAACAUGUUCGUAAACCUGCACACCACAUCCAGUAGAACUCCCCUUGGCUCUGCCUUCAACAACGUGCAGCCACGUGCCACGCACUCCCGACUUAGCAGCAGCAGCGUGCUCCGCAGUUGUGACGCUCAUGAGCCCGAGAGCGACACGGGGACCAACUGCGCCCUGCUGCCCCCUUCCCCCGUGGCCCUGCCCUGUUGCCCUGCCCCGUGGCCCUGCCCCGUGGCGCUGGAUGUGCAACGUGCGUCACGUCGCGGGAUAUUCAUUGCGGGAUUUCCCACCGGGUUUCCCAAAUCCACUGCAGUGAGUCUGUGCGCUUGAGUCGCCGUGGAAUUAUUGUUAGCUUAUUAUAAUACAAAUAAUGGGUCAUAAAAACAAGCGCGGUCUUUAAAUACACACGCAAGGCAUAUGUGUCACCUCCCUGUGCUCCCUAGUACUAAUGCCUUAGAGAGCGGAUACGUUCAGCCUUUUCAUUUCCGUUUCUUCAACUUUGCCAAUAAAGUAA